UUACUGCUCGAGAAGCAGGUCACUUCCCAGCAAUACUAUAUCUAGGUCUUCUCACCCACCUACACAAAUACCACAGUCAACAAAUUUUGACAUGUACAUAUAUAUAUAACUCUUCAAUAAAUUAGAAUAAAGUUCACAAAUAGAACACUACUCGAAGCGUUAAGAAUGGUACAAGUAGCAGUGGUAACAGGAAGUAACAAAGGGAUUGGCUAUGCCAUUGUCAGAAAUCUGUGUAAGAAGUUCAAAGGAGAUGUGAUAGCAACAGCUCGUGAUGUUGGACGUGGUGAAGCAGCUAUUGCAAAACUUAAUGAAGAAGGAUGUCACCCCAAAUUCCAUCAACUCGAGAUCACAGACUCUAAAAGUAUUUCUGCUUUAGCAAAAUAUUUGAAAGAAACUUAUGGAGGUGUGGAUAUUCUCGUUAACAAUGCUGCUAUUCUUUAUCAGGAAGAUUCAACAGUCCCCCUUGCUGAGCAAGCAGAGGAGACAUUAAGAUGUAACUUUACUGCAACUUUGAAUGUCUGUCAAGAAAUCUUUCCGCUGUUGCGUCCUCAUGCCAGGGUGGUUAAUGUUUCCAGUGACUCCGGUGAAAUGGCACUUGAGAGAUGUUCAAAAGACCUGAGAGAAAAAUUCACUUCUAACACCUUGACUAUUCCUCAGCUGGUAAAUUUGAUGGCACAGUUCGUAACUGAUGUGAAAAAUGGUGAUUAUGAAGCAAAGGGUUGGCCCUCAUUUUUUCAUACUAUAUAUGGUGUUUCUAAGAUUGGUGUAACUACUAUGUCCAUAAUUCAGCAGAAAGUUCUUGACAGUGAAGGCAAAGAAGACAUUGUUGUCAAUGCAUGCUGUCCUGGUUAUGUUGCCACUGAUAUGACUUGUUACCUAGGACCCAGAACUAUUGAGGAAGGCUCUGACACACCAGUCUAUCUUGCUUUACUGCCUCCAAAUGUUAAAGAGCCUCGUGGUCAGUUUGUAGUGGAUCGUCAAAUCCGUGAAUGGAAAUAAACACGACAUACAUAAAUGAAUAAAGAUAUUUUGUUCUGUUGAAACUAAAGAAAAACAAUUAUCUUUAAAUGAGAAAACUGCUGUAACUAAAUAAAUAAUUUCAAUAAAAUUGAAUCUAUA